CUUCGCUGUUGUUUAUACAGAAAACUUCCUUCCUCAAGUCAGAAAAACGAACACGGUUUGGCUUUCUGUUUGUUGCAAAACAAUCUUGUAGAGAAAUCGAAGACGGAAACGACUGCUGCUCUCUGUGUGAUUGGCGGGGCUCUUCCUGUGAGCGACGUAUUGCCCGCCUCUGUAGCCCCUUUUCACUGUGAGCGAGGCUGCCCCCGAGGAUGACAAUGGAAGAGAUGAGGAAUGAAGCUGAGACAAACUCACUGGUUUCCAUGACACUCUACGCUGUUAUGUACCCGGUCUUCAAUGAGCUCGAGAGGGUAAACCUGUCAGCAGCUCAGACUCUGCGUGCCGCCUUCAUCAAGGCGGAGAAGGAGAACCCGGGCCUCACUCAGGACAUCAUCAUGAAGAUCCUGGAGAAGAAGAAUGUGGAGGUGAACUUCACCGAGUCCCUGCUGCGCAUGGCUGCUGAUGACGUGGAGGAGUACAUGAUUGACAGACCGGAGCAGGAGUUCCAAGACCUGAAUGACAAAGCCCGUGCGCUGAAACAGAUCUUGAGCAAAAUCCCAGAUGAAAUCAAUGACAGAGUGCGUUUCCUGCAGACCAUAAAAGACAUUGCUAGUGCCAUAAAGGAGCUGCUGGACACGGUCAACAAUGUGUUUAAGAAAUAUCAGUAUCAGAACCGUAGGGCACUUGAACACCAAAAGAAAGAGUUUGUGAAAUACUCCAAAAGCUUCAGCGACACACUGAAGACAUACUUCAAAGAUGGAAAGGCGAUAAACGUCUUCAUCAGCGCCAACAGACUCAUACACCAAACCAACUUGAUACUGCAGACCUUCAAAACUGUGGCCUAGCAUCUCCCUUAACAUUUUUUCAGGGGAGAUAUUUUAAACGUGGGAUAGGACAAACUGUAUGUAAAAAAGAAAGUUUUUCUUUUUUUUUCUGGACAGUGUAAUUUAUAAGCCUUGCUUUGUCGGGAAGACUUGAAGCGAGGCGUUCGAGAUGGAAAACUCACCCUUCUUUUUUUGUAUGUAUGUUCCCUCGCUUUCAGCUUCUGAAUCAUGACUGAAGCCCUCACCCAGGUUCCGCUCCACUUUAUUUUUAUGUUUGCUAUCACUGUAGCGGUCGAAAGAGAGCCAAAAGAUGCUGCGCCUUAAAGAAGUGUCAUGUAACAUUCCUUAUGCAAAGCGUAAACGCGGCUUUUCUGUUUCUCAGAAGGACAGCAAGCCCGAGGUAUGUAUUUAACAGAUGUCUCCUGGCAAAUGUUGGAAUAAAUAGUUU